AUGUCAAGAAAAAGUCGCAGUAAAAAGAUUGAAGCAGAUAUAAUGUCGAUGCCAGGGCCGGCUUGUACAAGUUUAGCACGAUAUCUACGUCCGGAAAGAUUUGAGUUAGACCCGAGUUCUACUGAUGCCGAUAUUGAAUGGACGCAUUGGCUAUAUACAUUUAACAAUUUCCUAUCAGAAAAUAAUGGAUGCAAAGCUUUCAAAGCAGAACAAUAUCGAUCAGAAUAUAUCAGGGACGCAUUUAUUGCUGGUAUUUCUUCACACAAAAUACGCCAACGUUUACUAGAAAAUCUGGAACUGUCACUUGAUCAAGCAUUUAACCAAGCACUUUCACUAGAAAUGGCAGAAACAAAUUCUCGAUCUUUCAAUGAUAACAUACCGCUUAACGCAGUGGAUUCCAUAUCUACCUUAUCUAAUUCACAAAAUAAUAAAACCAAAACUUUGUCUUCUUACGAUAAUGAAGCGUCUACAUCCAUAUCAGGAGAUAAUAUAGCAGAAACCAUUAUAGCUGCCACAACAAAUAAAAGAUGUUUCUUUUGUGGUAGUAAUGUAAUUCAUCAGCGGAUAAAAUGUCCAGCUUUAAAUAGUACUUAUCAAAUUUGUUUUAAAAAGGGACAUUUUGCUAAUGUUUGUCGAAGCAAACAAACUAUCAAUGCUGUCAUAGUAAAUGAGAUUAAUAAUAGUAACUCUGCAGAGGUUGCAGCUAUAUCUGCAGCUUCUUUACCUAGUUUACAUAAAGCAACUGUACCUAUCACCAUUAAUAAGUAUUAUGCUGAAGCCCUUAUCGAUACUGGAAGCUCAUUAAACUUUGUAAAUGAAGAAUUAGCGCACUUAUUGAAACUUAAACAGAAACCUUGUCAACAAAUUAUAACUUCAGCUUCACUUAAUCAUACAUCACCAGUCAACUGUUACUGCAAUGUAACUUUACAAUUGAAUAAUCACUCGUACGACAAUGUCAAAUUAUUAGUUGUACGUAAUUUAUGCGCUGAUAUUAUACUAGGUCAUGACUUACUUAAAGCUCAUCACUCCUUAGAACUGAAGUUUGGUGGUCUCCGAGAUCCUUUGAAGAUAUGUAAUGUCAUGGCUGCUAACUUACCUCAUGCUACAUUAUUUUCAAAUUUAUCUCCUAAUGUCAAACCCGUAGCAAUAAAAUCAAGACGUUACAGCGAGGGUGAUCAACAAUUUAUUAAAGAAGAAGUUGAAAAACUAUUAAAAGAUGGAAUCAUUGAGCCAAGUAUAUCACCUUGGCGGGCACAAGUUCUAGUAACUGGCGGUGGUAUCCAUCGUAAACGUCUCGUUAUUGAUUAUUCUCAAACUAUAAAUAAAUUUACAGAACUUGAUGCAUAUCCUUUACCUAAUAUUGAAGUACUUAUAUCAAAAAUUGCGCGGAAUAAAUAUUUUAGCCAAAUUGAUCUCAAAAGUGCCUACCAUCAAGUACCAAUUCAACAGAGAGAACGACCUUAUACAGCAUUUGAAGCAUGCGGUAAUCUAUUUCAAUUUACACGUAUACCGUUUGGAGUAACAAAUGAAGUAUCAGCAUUUCAAAGAACGAUGCAAUUUUUCAUAUCUAACGAAAAUCUUACUGACACUUAUGUAUAUUUAGAUGACGUUACUGUUUAUGGUAAGGAUAAGCUUACUCAUGAUGCUAAUCUAGCAAAAUUUAUGGCAACUGUAGCAAAGUAUAAAAUUACUCUAAACAAAGACAAAUGUAAUUUUGGUUCUGAGACUAUUAAUAUAUUAGGUUAUACUAUAGAGAACAAUGUUGUAAGACCUGAUAAAGAGCGUCUUAAACCUUUACUCUCCAUGCCUGCACCUACAGAUAUAAAUUCUCUAAAGAGAGUAUUAGGUAUGUUUGCAAAUUAUUCUAAACGAAUAAAUAACUAUUCAGAGAAAAUAAGCAAUUUAGCGACUAAUAAUUCAUUUCCAUUAUCACGUGAUGCAGAAAUAUCCUUUGAGAGUCUUAAGAAAGAUAUUGCAAACGCUGCUUUAAUUGCUAUUGACGACACACAAAUGUUUACUGUAGAGACUGAUGCUUCUGAACAUGCCUUAGCAGCAACACUUUCACAAAAUAGUCGCCCGGUAGCAUUUUUCUCUCGCUUAUUGACAGAGUCCGAAAGAAACCAUUCUUCAAUAGAGAAAGAAGCCAGGACUACGCCUUAUAAUCCAGAAGGAAAUGGCCAGGUCGAAAGACUGAAUGGGACUCUGUGGAGAACUAUACAAUUAUCCUUACGAUCCAAAAACCUAGAUAUUCGGUAUGGGGAAGAUGUCUUGCCUUUAGCGCUGCACUCAAUUCGAUCGUUAUUAUGCACAGCUACUAAUGCUACACCACAUGAGAUGUUCUGUUUCCCGAGACGAUCUGAUGCCGAGAUCUACCAGACAGCAUCUGAGAAUGAAAAUUUAAAUGCUGAUAAUUCCGGUUCAGAAUUAGUUCAUUCGCCCCAACGGCCUGUUCGUGAAAGAAGGCCCCCUGCUUACUUAAAUGAUUAUGAAUCAUAA